AUGAGUGACAAAGUCUCCAUCAGCUCUCUUCGCGGAAUAAAAUGGAGCAACCCAAACUUAAAGAAUCUGAUGUCAUUGUUGAUAGAAAAAACUCAAGAGCAUAACAAGAAAAUUGCACAACUAAAGGUUGACAUUGAACACCUCUGGGAAGAAAAAGAAAUUAUUAAACACGACUGCGAGAUGUUGGCAAGUGUCAAUGAGAAGCUCAGCCAUGACUACAAGAAUAUGAUGAAAGUCAACGAGAAACUCAACAUUGAUUAUGAGAUCCUAAGAGAGGACAAUGAGAAGCUAACAGUGGGCCAAGAGAACCUGAGGAAAGAAACUGAGGAGUUGAGAGGGGGCAAUGAAGCGCUGAAGCAGGAAAAUGUGACGAUUUGGCACAAAAUUGAGAUCCUAAGACAGGAUAGCGAAAAGCUUAGGGUGGGCCAAGAGAACCUGAAGAAAGAAACUGAGGAGUUGAGAGGGGGCAAUGAAGCGCUGAAGCAGGACAAUGUGACGAUUCGGCACAAAAUUGAGAUCCUAAGACAGGAUAGCGAAACGCUUACGGUGGGCCAAGAGAACCUGAGGAAAGAAACUGAGGAGUUGAGAGGGGGCUGUGAAGUCCUGAAACAGGAAAAUGUGACGAUUCGGCACAAAAUUGAGAUCCUAAGACAGGAUAGCGAAACGCUUACGGUGGGCCAAGAGAAAAUGAGGAAAGAAACUGACGGGUUGAGAAGCAGCUACGAAGUCCUGAAACAGGACUAUGUAAAUUUCAGGCUUGAUUUCAAUAACCUGAAACAGGAAAACGAAAAGCAGAUGAAGGGGAAGUCUCCAUCCCCUUACUAUCCACCAGAAUCAUGUUUGUCCCUCCGCCAAGCAGGACAUUCUUAUUCGGGCUAUUACCUGAUCAGCACCAAGAAAGGUCGUUUCGAUGUUGUUAUGUGUAGAAUGGAUUUGAAGGAAACCAACCCGGAGUUUCAGUUGGAGACCGGUGCCCGUCUUGCAGGAGGAGUUCAUUUCAGUGCCCAGGGAACUUUGGGAAGACCGGGCAGCGUACUUCACUUCAAGGAAGCCGACGUGAACAUUCAUGGAAAUGGCUUCAUGAUGGACCAGAGGCUCCAAUUGAUGGCAUCAAACAACACACCAUUGAUUCAUUUUGAAUGUCUCUCUGGUGUUCCUGUUGGAAAAUCCAAGAUAUGGGAAAUCUGUGAAUUCCGCAACGACUUUGCAUCCCAACUAUUUGCUCCCUUCUUUCACUGGAGCUGA